AUGGUGGUUAUAAUAGUGUAUGCUAAAUGUUCAGAAGUGGAGAGAAUGCAGUUGUGGGAUAGCUUAUACCUCUUGGCUAGUAAUAUGACAUCUCCUUGGCUGCUUGGUGGAGAUUUCAAUGAUAUACUGAAUGAAGAAGUAAAAAUAGGUGGUUUACUAGUUUUGCCACAAGAAUAUGAAGAUUUUGCUUUUUGUCUGAAUUCCUGUGAGUUGCAUGAGAUGCCUUUCAAAGGGAGUCCUUUCACCUGGUGGAAUGGUAGUGCUGCUAAUGAUUGCAUCUUCAAGAGAUUGGACAGGAUUGUACAUAAUGAUACAUUUCAGAAUUGGUUUGGACACUUAGAAGUGGAACAUUUGUCAAGGACUGGUUCUGAUCAUGCAUCAUUACUUGUAUCAUGUGGAGAUCAGGUGGAAAAGUUUAUCAAACCAUUUAGAUUUCUCAAAUUCUGGGUGGAACAUGAUACUUUUCUGGACUUUGUUAAGCAGCAAUGGGAAAUAGUCUUAACUGAUGAUGUAUUCCUUCUGGUAAAAGGAAGAAGAAAAGAUGAUGCUGGUAAUUGGCUUGAGGAUGUUGAUAGUGUUGUUGCUGAAGCUGUCAACUUUUUCCAUAAGCAAUUUACUCAUGAGGAGGUUAGUGAAGAUUCUCCAAUUUUUAAUCAUAUUCAAGAGUUGAUCAGAGAGGAGGAUAAUAUACUACUUGCUGCACAACCUACUAUGGAGGAAGUACAUAAGGCUGUAUUUGAAUUAAAUGGGGACAGUGCCUGUGGCCCUGAUGGAUUUUCUGGUAUUUUUUAUCAGAAGUGUUGGGAGGUGAUCAAGGCUGAUGUACAUAGUGUUGUAAAAGCUUUCUUUGAAGGACAGACUCUUCCCAAGUCAAUCACACACACUAAUCUGGUUUUGCUGCCAAAGAAGAAUGUUGUGGAGGCAUUUUCUGAUAUGAGACCUAUAAGCCUUAGCAACUUUAUCAAUAAGGUCAUAUCAAGAGUAGUUCAUGACAAACUAGACAAGCUACUUACAAAGGUGAUCUCUCCAAAUCAAUCUGGUUUUGUUAAGGGCAGGAAUAUAAUUGAGAAUGUGGUGUUGACACAAGAAAUUACACAUGGUUUGUUUCAUUCUACAAGGGGUGUCAAGCAAGGGUAUCCACUAUCUCCUGCUCUUUUCAUUAUAGCUGCAGAAGUUCUUUCAAGGGCACUAAAUUCUUUGUUUGAUUAG